AUGCCCCUCCCUUCCGUUGAAGCAAUGUCUCAGUCACACUCAUCCUCUGGCUACGAGCCAACAGCCCAGCAGCGCAAGAGGCAGUCGCACAACCCUGCCGCUAUCGCCCACGCGUCGCCCCCAAAGCAAGAGUACCUGUCGGAUGAGUACGUCCUCCACCCCUCGGUCCACGCCUACAAGCAGGCGCAUCCUGGUCGUCCCAUGAUCGCCCUCGGCAACUACAUUCUCUUGCAGACACUGGGCGAGGGCGAGUUUGGCAAGGUCAAGCUUGGCGUUCACAGCGAGUAUGGCGUCGAGGUCGCCAUCAAGCUCAUCCGCCGCGGGCAAUUGGAGACCGAGUCGCGCCGUGCCAACAAGGUUGAGCGCGAAAUCGAGGUGUUGAGGCAAUUGAAGCACCCCAACAUUGUGCGCAUGUUGGAUGUCAUCGACACGGCAAAGUAUAUUGGCAUCGUUCUCGAGUUUGCUGGAGGUGGCGAGCUGUUCGACUACAUCCUGGCAAACCGUUACCUCAAGGAGAAGGACGCGUCACGCCUCUUCGCUCAGCUCAUCUCGGGCGUUGACUACCUGCACCAGAAGCACAUUGUGCACCGCGACCUCAAGUUGGAGAACUUGUUGCUGGACCGCCACCGCAACAUUAUCAUCACUGACUUUGGCUUUGCCAACGCUUUCGAGCGCGAAGGCGAUGACCUCAUGGCUACUAGCUGUGGCAGCCCAUGCUAUGCUGCACCAGAGCUCGUCGUGUCCGAAGGACUGUACGUCGGUACCGCCGUCGACGUGUGGUCGUGUGGUGUCAUUCUCUACGCCAUGCUUUCCGGCUACCUGCCGUACGAUGACGAUCCGGACAACCCGGACGGCGACAACAUCAACCUGCUCUACAAGUACAUUAUGAGCACCCCGCUCAACUUCCCGGAACACAUGUCGCGCAUGGCCAUGGACCUCCUCCUCAUGAUGCUUGUGCCCGACCCCCAGGAGCGCUGCAACAUUCCCCAGAUCGAGAUGCACCCGUGGUUGGACGCUCAGCGAUCCAUCUUUGACCGGACCGUCGAGGAGCACGAGCUCAUCUUCACCGAGAACAUGCAAAAGAAGAGCCAGGCCGCCAAGCGCGAUCUUGCCCAUCGUCGUCGCCUGCAGCAGGAGGCCAAGCUCGUCAAAGCUUUCCAGCGCAGCCACAGCACGGCACCAGGCUCAAACGUUAUGCUGGACGACCAUCGCCGCGCCAAGGACCAGCGUCAACGCAGCGGUAUUCCUGCAACGUCUACGGUCCCAGACUACCUCUACAACGCCGGCCACCGCGACCGUUUCCCCGUCUUGGAGCCACGCCGGGAGCAACACCAUCGCGACCAGGCCGCUCCUUCUGCCGUUCCUUCACUCGCCCUUCCCCCAUUGCCGAUUCACCAGCCUAUCUCUGAGCCACAAUCCUCAAUCGGCCCCACCACCCCGCCUCAGACGCCUCCCAGGCCGCGCACAACCUCAGCCCACUGUCUCAACACGCCUGAGCGAGAGGUUGUUGAGCCAGUCACGCCGGUGCGCAGAGGUUCGGCCGAACCCCGGACUCCAAUGUCGGCAAACAAGAAUCGCCACACCAUCCAGGUAGAGUACGAUGGCGACAAGGGCUGGGAGCGCUUCAAGAAUCUUCACGCCAUGGCCACGAAGCCUGCGGACAUUGUGGAGCCGGCUCCCGCGAAGCCGCUUGAUGUCCCGCAGAUCGGUGACAUGGAGGUGGACUCGACAUCUGAGAUCGACUCUAAGAUGGAGUCGCGCACCCACACCCCUCUUACGACUGAAGGGGCCGGCCUAGCGCCAGCGGCCAUCAUCACUCCUGAAGUUACCAAGGAGCCUGAGCAGGUCGAAGCGAACCCCGAGGCCACAAGCACUGUUGAGACCAAUGUGCCGGCCCGUGUGCAGCCUCAGCCUCAGCUGCCGGCUGAGCAGCUGCCAAUCGACCUCACAGACGUGCCCGCUUCGGCUUCCGGGGACGUCGCUCCCCCUCCCCGCCCACCCCGUCGCUCGCCCUCAAUUCCUCAGACACCAUCCAAGCGUCCGCGCGAGGGAGAGGUUGAUGACCUGCCGAUCGUGACGACCCCCAAGGCUACGACGGCGUCCGAGAGCCAGGUACCGACUCCAAGAGCCGAGGCGCGCUCUCGCACCGUGUCUACCCCACUUCCGCCCGGUGUCGCCACCCCUAGAGCUCAGCCUUCGGGCACGCUGCCUACAAACGUCGCUCCCACGCGGCCGCCGAAGAGGGACCGUACUAGUCGUCGGGGCAUGGGCAUGUCUCUUGACAAAUUCGGUCUCGCCAAGCUCUUGGGUCAAACACCAGCCCCACCUUCCUCUCGGCCGUCGUACAUACCCGUUUCACAGCACAACAAGAGCCACUCUGUUGCGUUUAGUCCCUCCUCCAUUGCGCCUCCCGCCCCUCCCGGCUCAGCCGAAAAGAAGGCGCGACGCAAAACGGUGCAGCUCAUGAACCCCACUUCCCGCACUUCAACCCCAGACAACAUGUCGUCGCGGGCUUCGCACACUUCGAGCUUCUCCAACAAGGAUGUGGUCAUUGGCCCUCAGGGAAUCCAGCCGCGACCAUCGCAGGACCAGCCGAGCAGCACGUCUGUUGUCACAGUGGACGCGUUUGGAGACUCGCAUGGCCAGCGCACCGCGUCGAGCAGCGCCGCCAAGAGGGUCAUGGACUGGUUCAGACGCAAGUCUCUCGCAAAGGACACCCUGAGCACUAUCAAGUCCGGCAGUCUCCGCGCCGACUCGAUCUCCAGCUCUGCCGGCCGUCCCUCCGUUAGCGCGGACCGCAGCUACGUCCACGUCACGGCGCCUACCAAUUCCAACGAACCGCCCAGGUCGAUGGUGCGCGACGAGAGUAUCAGCCCCCUCACAGACGGCCCUUCCAUCGUUGUCAGCGAGUCAACCCCUCAGCAGAAGUCGCCCGACCGCAAAGAGACGAUCCGUCGCAAACAGACCGAAGGGCGAGAACCCUCUGCGACGUCACCUUCUGAGAAGCGCAUCCCGCUUGCGCCCGCCAAUAGCAAGGCAAACGUUGACAAGACGCUGCUUUCGCCCGAGCGCGGCGCAAUUCCUAUGCGGUCCAAGUCGGUCCGUACGCCGAGCGCACCGUCUGCGGCCGCAUCUCUCGUCAACCCCCACCAUGUGGCGGACGCAAGCCACCAGGCAAACGGCACCCUCUCAGUCGAGGACAGCAAGAUGCGCGUCCACAGCGGUCUUGUCGACCAGUCCGUACUGACUUCGCGGCCGCCGAAGGAGGUCAUGGCCGAGGUCAUUCGCGUACUUCACGGUAUGGGCAUGGACGUCAAGCAGGAGGCCGACUACCGUCUGCGCUGCACUCGUGUUCGCCGUCGCAAGGCCGGUCCAACGACAGGUUUGUCCACGGGUGCUGCCGGAAUUGGGCCCAUCGCCCUGGUCCAAUCCUCCAGUAAGAGCAGCGAUGGCCGUCCUCUUCCCUCAACUGGCUCGGGCGGCCUCUCAGGUCUCAAGGGCAUGCUCCUUCGCCGUGGCUCCUCGUACUCCUCGUACAGUUCGCACGCCCUCGCCCGCAGCGAAAGCGACCUGCUCGCUUCUGCGUCCACAUCGACUACACCCCAGCUGGCGUCGCCUCAUCUCGGCCCGGCUCCAGAACCUGUGUACGGCGAGCACGCGAUCGACAACGGCGACGAGGUCAAGUUUGUCGUUGAGCUUUGCCGGAUCAAGAACCUGCAGGGCUUGUACCUGCUUCGCAUCAAACGUCUGCGCGGCUCGGUUUGGGCGUUCAAGUUCAUCUACCAGACGAUCGUGGACCGCUGCGAGACGCUUACGCACUAA